AGCGCGAUCACGUCCAUGUGGCGCGCUGAGGCACAGGAGAAGAUGCUAGGCCCCUGCCUGGGGUUUUCUCAGCUGCCGGCAGCUGGCCUGAGAGCCCUGGCCUCACCAGGCGCGGUCAGGCUGCCCCAAGUGUUGAGAGGAUGCAUGUCUUGCUGCGCCCCAGGAAUGAAAGGCACGAUAUGGGAAGCUCUGGAGUAAGGAUUUCCUCGUUGAUGAAUAAUGAAACACAUUUUGUCUAAUCAGGCAUUAAAACGUGCAGCACAGAGGGUGCGUUUGUGGGUGGUGGGGAAGGCGUUUUGGAAGAGCCAGAGGUGAUGGGGCAUGAGGCUGAGGAAGCGGCAGCCACGCAGCUGUGAGAAUGAACAAUGGACAAGGUUAGGCAGCCUCUGUUUCUACUUAGAGCAGAAACAACUUGUUAGUAAAAUGAUGUAAUGCUGAGUCCACCCCUCGAGGUCUUUGAAGCUUGUCUUCUGGAAGGGUGUUUGCCUCGGGGUAUUUCUGAAUUGCCUGAAGGGAGGUGCAUUAGCCUCCCUGCAUUCUAGACCGGGCACUGACUGUCUGCCAUGAGCCAUGAUUCUGCCUUCCUCUCCUGUACAGUCGGUUCUAUGUCAGGUCAAGAGCUGGGUCCUUGCUUACGUUUGGUGCAGGUAGGCCCGUGGUAAGUCUGACGUUCUGGUCUGAGGGGCUGGAAAACACAGAAGCAAGAGCCCCAGCCUUAGGCUGGAUUUAAAUCCCAGUGCUCUGCCACGCCAAGCGGUGCUACGUCCUGCUGUCAAAAAUGGGAAUAACUCAAGAUGCCUACCUCAUCAGGCUGUGGUGAGGGUCUGACGAAAUAAUGCCAGGAAGGCCCCCGUAGUUGUGCUGGCUCAGUAGGUAUCUGCUGGGAUUGCGACCCUCUUCGUUACUCAGGCUGAGCUUGUGGAUGAAGGAGCUGGGAGGUGACCCUGACCUUGCUUCUCCCUGGCAGAUGAAGUGUGUUUUGGUGGCCACAGAAGGUGCAGAGGUCCUCUUUUACUGGAUGGAUGAGGAAUUUGAAGAGAGUCUGAGGCUGAAGUUCAGGCAGCUGGAGAAUGAGGGAGAAGAGCUUCCCGCCCUGGAGGACCAGCUUAGCACCCUGCUGGCCCCAGUGAUCAUCUCCUCCAUGACGAUGCUGGAGAAGCUCUCAGAUACAUACACCUGCUUCUCGACGGAAAAUGGCAGCUACCUGUAUGUCCUUCACCUGUUUGGAGAAUGCCUGUUCUUUGCCAUCAACGGAGACCACACGGAAAGCGAGGGCGACCUGCGGCAGAAGCUGUGUGUGCUCAAGUACCUGUUUGAGGUGCACUUCGGGCUGGUCACUGUGGAUGGCCAGCUCAUCCGAAAGGAGCUGCGGCCCCCAGACGUUGAGCGGCGCAUGCAAGUGUGGCAGCACUUCCAGAGCCUGCUGCGGACCUACGGCCGCCUGCGGGAGCAGGAGCAGUGCUUUGCUGUGGAGGCUGUGGAGCGGCUGAUUCACCCCCAUCUCUGUGAGCUGUGCAUCGAGGCCCUGGAGCGGCACGUCAUCCAGGCUGUCAACUCCAGCCCCGAGAGGGCCGGCGAGGAGGCCCUGCAUGCCUUCCUGCUCGUGCACUGCAAGCUGCUGGCUUUCUACUCCAGCCCCAGUGCCAGCUCCCUGCGGCCAGCCAACCUCCUCGCCCUCAUUCUUCUGGUUCAGGACCUCUACCCCAGUGAGAGCACGGCGGAGGAUGACGACCCUCAGCCUUGUCCACGGAGGCCCCGGAGCAGCCAGAACAUCCCUGUGCAGCAGGCCUGCAGCCCUGGUUCCCCAGCGCCCACCAGGAGGAGUUCCACGGCAACCGACACCGACAGCUUCUCCCUCCCUGAGGAGUACUUCACACCGGCCCCUUCCCCUGGAGAGCAGAGCUCAGGCAGCACUGUGUGGCUGGAUGGAGGCACCCCACCCACCGAUGAGCCCCAGAUCCAGAUCGCUGAAGACAGCCUCCAGACCCUGGUCCCUCACUCCCCAGUCCCUUCCAGCCCCAGAAGGAUUUUCCUGGAUGCCGGCGUGAAGGAGAGCUACUGCCCCAUGGUGCCCCACACCAUGUACUGCCUGCCCCUGUGGCCGGGCAUCAACAUGGUGCUCCUGACCAAGUGCCCCAGCACCCCCCUGGCCCUGGUCCUGUACCAGCUGCUGGAUGGGUUUUCCCUCCUGGAGAAGAGGCUGAAGGAGGGACAGGAGGCCGGGAGCACCCUGCGGUCCCACCCCCUCAUGGGGGACCUGCGCCAGAGGAUGGACAAGUUUGUCAAGAAUCGCGGGGGGCAAGAGAUUCAGAGCACCUGGCUGGAGUUCAAGAGCAAGGCCUUCUCCAGGAGCGACCCCGGAUCGUCCUGGGAGCUGCUUCAGGCGUGUGGCAAGGUGAAACGGCAGCUUUGCGCCAUCUACCGUCUCAGCUUCCUGACGUCAGCUCCAGACCGGGGAGGCCCGCAUCUGCCCCGGCAGCUGCAGGACCAGGUCCAGACACUCAUGCAAGAGAAGCUGACGGACUGGAAGGACUUUCUGCUGGUGAAGAGCAGGAGGAACGUCACCAUGGUGUCCUACCUAGAAGACUUCCCAGGCUUGGUGCAUUUCAUCUAUGUGGACCGCACGACCGGCCAGAUGGUGGCCCCUUCCCUCAGCAGCAGUAAAAGGACUUCAUCGGAGCUGGGCCGGGGGCCGCUGGCCGCCUUCAUCCGAACCAAGGUCUGGUCUCUGAUCCGCCUGGCACGCAGAUACCUGCAGAAAGGCUACACCACGCUGCUCUUCCGAGAGGGAGAUUUCUGCUGCUCCUACUUCCUGUGGUUCGAGAACGAGAUGGGGUACAAACUCCAGAUAAUAGAAGUGCCCGUCCUCUCGGAUGACUCGGCCUCCGUCGGCGUGCUGGGAGGAGACUACUACAGGAAGCUCCUGCGCUACUAUAGCAAGGGCCAUCCCGCUGAGGCGGUCAAGUGCCACGAGCUGCUGGCCCUCCACCUGUCGGUCAUCCCCACAGACGUGCUGGUGCAGCAGGCCGGCGAGCUGGCCCGGCGCCUGUGGGAGACCUCCCGCGUCCCCUUGCUCUAGGCCAGGCCGCAGCGCUCUGGUGCAGUCUGUGUGUGCACCCGGUCCCCUCGCAUAGCACUCACCUAGGACAGUCCCCGGAGUCUCUUAAAUCCCUCUCCCCUCCAGGGUAACAAACCCCCAAAUCAUCGUCUCUGGAGGAGGAGAGAGGACAGAGAGGGUCCCUUGGUCUCCUUAAAACAGUAGUGGCUGCGAGGUUAGAACUGUCUACCCCCAGGAGACAGGAAGUCCCCAGUGCCUACGGGUGUCUGAAGACGCCCCCUCAUACUGUCGGAAUGGAUAAAGAGCUUCCUCAGGAAGUCGUUUCCUUCCCCACAUGAAAGGUGCCGCCUCAGCCUGGCUGCCAUUCCCACUGCCCCUUCCUCCCUGCAGCCCUGGGCAGGUUUCCUCCACCAACAGCCCCUGCCUCUCAGGGCAGCUGUGAGGGCUGCGGGACACGCAGCGGGUGCUCAAUAAAUGCUGGUGGUGGCGGUUCAAGCCAAA